AAAUAAGUUUUCUUGUUCCCUCGUCCUAUCUGGCCCCCGUUAAAGCUAUUUCUAUUGGUUUCAACGCUGUCUCAUAUGUGCCUGUCGGCGUUUUGAGUUUCUCUCUUUUCCGCAUUCUUUUUCUUGGACACGAAUAGCGAUCUUCACAGCUAACUACUCCGUACACAUCCUGAGAAGUGCUGUACACGAGCGCGCGUUCGUUCCUUGGUUUGUGUAUGGACUAUCUAUCUUGACUGAAUUUUCACUUGAGUUGCGACAACGUGAGAACCGAAAUGGGCGCCGUCAAGACGGAAGAUACGGAGAGGAAGUCCGUAGCUGUGGUUGGUACCGGGAUGGCCGGUUUGGUUACUGCAUAUCUAUUGAGACAGGAUAAAUAUAACCGCUUUGAUGUUGAAGUAUUUGAAGCACAAGACCAGUGCUCUCUCGACUCUGCCUCAAUUACCGUGUCAUCAAAAGAUGGAAUCCGAACGAGCCGCGUGGACCAACCCAUGCGCGCCUUUGACCGUGGAUUCUAUCCCAACUUGACAGCCAUGUAUGAUUAUUUGGGCAUUAGAUAUCACCAAGAGCUUUUCUUUUUCACUUUUGCAAGGCUGCCCAAGCAUGGUUUCAAAGCGCUUGGGAGCCCAAUGGAGCAACCGAAUCCCUAUUUCAUUCAUUCAUCCAACAACCACCGGAUCCCUCCUGUACGGCCUCAAGCGUGCGGGUUCUGGACGUGGGUUUCGGAGACCGUUUACCUUGCAUUCUGCCUGGUAUGGUUCACAAUAUGCUGUUCAUUCGUCCCACCCAAGGAAUCAAGGCCUUCGAUUGGCGGCAAGACCAAACCUUGUGAGUCUUUCGGUCAAUAUCUGCGGCGUCUUUGGAUACCUGCCUACUUUAUCGAAAGUUACCUGCUCCCUGGACUCGCAAGCAUAUCGACCUGCACACAUGCAGAGAUGCUGGACUUCCCGGCAAAAGAUGUGAUCGAUUACAAGCAACGCUCUCUCAACUCUCCGCAUCUACGCGUCUCGGGUGGUGUAAGCGAGGUCCAAAAGAGCCUUUGCCAGGGACUCACGGUGCAGUUCAACUGCCGUGUUACAUCCGUAACGAGACAGCAGCACGGCUCGGGAGUCCACGUUACAUGGGACUCCCCGGGUAACACUCAGCAGCCCGAUACCGUCCCACAUCAAAAGAUUUUCGAUCACGUCAUUCUUGCUGUGCCCCCAAACGCUGUUGGAAGCAUCUUCGCGCCUCUUCGGUCCGAAAUGUCACACAUCCCCACCGCGGCCGUCGAAUCAAUCGUCCACACCGAUCUCUCAGCCACAAAGCAGCAACCCAGCAACGCUCUCUACGAGAUGCACCUCGCUCCCAGCCCGCCUAACUGGAUCCAUUUCCGCUCUUCCCCAUAUAUAACAGAGACGAUACACGAGGAUCCCAUAUCCUCCGUCGUCGUGACAAACUUCCCCGCAACCCCGAUUGAUCCCUCGAAAAUCAUCGCCCGGACGCAUUUCACUCGCACCCUGAGGACACCUCAGAGCAGAGAUAUAGUGAAGCGGAUAUUCAGUCCUAAUUCUCGGCGAUUGAACGGCACGCCUAUCACCGACGGGAAGAAGUUGACGACGCAUAAAGCCGGCCCAUUCCAGAAUGGAGACGGCAACGUCUGGCUCGUUGGAAGUUGGUGUUGGGACGGGAUGGUUUUGCUGGAGGGGUGCGUGGUAUCUGCUAUGCGGGUAGCGCGGGAUUUGGGGAUUGAGGUUCCCUGGCGAGAUUAUUGAUCGCUGAUUUGAUGCUUCUAUGCCUUGUCUGCUGUUUAUGAUAUCCAAUCUGCGCCUGUUCUGUUUUGCCUCUCGUUGACGUCCAAGUACGCCAUGGAGAGAUAUGCAUAAUGUAUAUGUGUCUAUAUAUACG